AUGAAUGUCAGUAUAAGGGGGUGGGCGAGGGUCUCAGCGAAUGUCAGGACAAGGGCAGAAGCCAGUCUGAGGCCAAGUAGAAGCGGGGCUGGUGAGCGGAUUAGUAGGAGUGGCUGUUCCGAACGGAAGCACGGAGGCUGGGCGAGGAUUAAGCGAGCGGGCGGGGCUCGGCCUGCGGGGGCGGAAGCGCAGGGAAGGCGUAGCCCGACCCAGGCAGCCACGGGGGCGGGCGCCGUGGAGCCGCAGAUGGGUUUGCAUGAGCUGCUGCACGUCUUCUCCUUCUUGGAGGCCCGAGACAUUCUCUGCGUCGCCCAGGUGGACAAGGUCUGGAAUGAGGCUUCAAGGACCAAGGAACUGUGGAGGCAGCUGUGUCUGAGACGCUGGUCCUCCUGUAAAGCCUCCCAGACGACCCUGGGCACACAGACAUGGAAACAGUACUAUCUCUGCCGAUCCGAGCUGGAGUUCCGAACGGAAUCUGGGUGGCCAGAGAAGGACUUUAUCUGCAAAGCCAUUGCUGGGCACAAAGGAGAGAUAGAUGAGCUGGCCUACAUCUCAACCAAAGAGUACUGGUUUGAUGGGCGGGAGAAGUCCGUGGUGUGCACCGUGUCGUCAGAUGGCACCGUGUGUGCCUGAGAUCUGCAAGAGGUGAGCUCUCUGUCGAGCCCUCUACAGCCUGCAGCUCUGGUGAAUUUGGUGACUUACCCUUGGCUGCAACUGGUUGUCACCAUGGACGAGCGGGGACUGAUCAAAGUAUGGAAAGCAGAGAAUGGGUGUGAACAGGCCUCCUGCCUGCCUACAUACUCGUCUUUAUUGGAGGCCUGUGACUUUCCAGAAGGCCCCCUCCUGCUGGCCCCUCAAUCACUGAACCCUUCAUGCAGCCGGCUCCCCAGUGGUGCCAAUAAUCCUGGAGCCGCCAUGAGAGCCCCGCCCCCCAUCCUUCCCCCCCCCGAGAGGGCCCGUCCCCGCCGGACGGCCGUUAGGGCCCCACCCUCCGCGCUCUCGCAGGCGCUCCUGUCUUCUGAAGCCGACUGCCCCAACAGACGCCGGAAGCCGUUGGAGGACGGCGGUCAGCGUGCCCGAGAGCCGCACCCUAGUGGGCGUGCGCAGGCGUGCAGGCGCGGGGCGCGCGGGCAUCUGUUCCAGGAGGUUUCUGCAGGAGAGGAGAGAAAUGGAGGGUUGGGCACGCUGCGGAACUUCUCUGGCGACGCUCCUCGCCGGGACCUUCGUGCUGGUCUCUUCUUGAAACCAGCUCUUGUGAGAUGUGCACUCGUGAUUUUUAUAUUGUACACGUGA